AUGCGUGUACAUGUUUUCGGAAAUUCACCAUCUCCUGCAGUUGCGACAUACGGUAUUCGUCAAGCUGUGUGUGAUCAUAACUCGGACAUUGAUUGUGAUGAUGUGUGUGACUACGUCAAGAAAAGUUUUUAUGUUGACGACGGGCUGGUUUCAAAGGCGCAUGAAAAUGAAUUGAUAAGUUUAAUCAAACGGACACAGGCAAGAUUACAAGAUGGAGGUGUCAUUCGACUCCAUAAGAUAGUGUCGAACAGUACAGCUGUUUUAAGCAGUUUUCCACCAAGUGACUUAGCAAAGAACAUUACUGAAAUUGACUUUAGUUCGGAAACACCAUGUAUACAAAAAAGUUUAGGUCUGAGCUGGAAUGUAGUGAAAGAUGUAUUCUCAUUUCAGGUGUCUACAGAUAAGAAACCGUACACCAAAAGAGGUCUGCUGUCUACUAUAAAUGGAUUGUUCGAUCCCCUUGGUUAUGUGGCACCAGUUAUAUUAGGCGGUCGUCUUAUAAUGAGAAAGGCCAUCCAAGACAAUAAUCUGGGCUGGGAUGAUCCAUUGCCGGAAAACUUAGAGAGAAUGGACAGACUGGCAAAAAUCUCUUAUGCAUCCAAGGAGGCUAUCGCCGCAGUGGUCUAUAUUCGUAUAUAUGAAUCAACCGGAAAUUCUCACAUUGGGUUUGUACUUGGAAAAUCGCGGUUAGCUCCUACCCACGGACAUACAGUUCCAAGGUUAGAGUUAUGUGCUGCUGUAGUAGCUACAGAACUGGCUGCAUUUGUACAGAAAUAUUUAGACAUACCAUCUCAGUCAACAUAUUUCUACACGGAUAGCCAGGUGGUCUUAGGCUAUAUAAACAAUGAAGCACGUAGGUUUUAUGUGUAUGUGGCAAAUAGAGUUGAUAGAAUCUUAAAGUUGUCGUCACGUAAUCAAUGGAACUUUGUGCCUACUGAAAGAAACCCAGCAGAUCAUGGUACACGUCCAGUGAGUACAAUCAAUAUGAAGGACUGUAAAUGGUUGACAGGAAUAGAAUCUGGGUUGCAGAGAAAUAUUGAAAAUCAACAUGUACAGUUUAAACUAGUAGAGCCUGAAGAAGAUGUAGAAGUUCGCCCAGUUGUAAAAGUGAACAAGAUAGAAGUGAGAAAGGCGAAUCUUGGUGGACAUCGUUUUGAGCGUUUUUCAUCCUGGAAUAGACUGGUUCUAGCAAUUUCAUGUUUGAAAAGAAUUGCAAAUAAAUAUCAUAAAAAUGUACAGACUGAUACAAGAAACAAUGUAGAAUUCAAGAAAGCUGCAGAGAUUAUGAUUCUGAAAGAAGCUCAAAGGGAAUCCUAUUCUAAAGAAAUAGAUUUAUUAAAAACUGACAAAUCAGUUGCUAGAGACAGUAGUUUAGUGAAGCUCUCACCUAUUUUAGACUCCAAUGACUUGUUAAGGGUUGGUGGUAGAAUAAGAAAUGCCAGGUUAGACACAGGGAAGAAAAUUCCUAUAAUAAUACCAGGAAAGCAUCAUAUCGCAAUGCUUCUAGUUAGACACUUUCACCAGUUGAUAUCUCAUCAGGGUCGUCAUCUGACUGAAGGAGCAGUACGUUCAGCUGGAUAUUGGAUUACAAGUGGAAAACGACUUAUUAGUCGUGUAAUUCAUAACUGCGUUAGAUGUCGUAAGUUAAGAAGACCUACUGAACACCAGAAAAUGGCGGAUCUUCCAAUUUGUCGCUUGACUCCAAGUCCUCCUUUCACAUACGUGGGCGUCGAUACUUUUGGGCCUUGGUCUAUAGUUUCCAGACGUACAAGAGGUGGUUUAAGCAAUAGUAACAGAAAUAUUUAG